AUGUGGACAUUGUUUACACAUGCCACAUUUAAAGUUACUCAGAGAUUUAAUGCUGGGAACACUAAGUUAGCUCUUGGAAAUGUCAUCAGUGCACUAGGUGACAAGAGCAAGAAGGUGACUCAUGUUCCUUACAGAGACUCUAAACUAACAAGACUUCUUCAAGACUCCCUUGGAGGUAACAGCCAGACAGUGAUGAUAGCCUGCAUCAGCCCUUCGGACAGAGAUUUCAUGGAGACUUUAAACACUUUGAAGUAUGCAAAUCGGGCACGGAAUAUUAAGAAUAAAGUAACAGUGAAUCAGGACAGAACGAGCCAGCAGAUAAAUGCACUUAGAGCAGAGAUAGCCCGACUUCAGAUGGAACUUACAGAGUACAAAACAGGCAAAAGAAUUAUUGGAGAGGAUGGAGUUGAAAGCAUCAAUGAUAUGUUCCAUGAGAAUGCUAUGUUGCAGACUGAAAAUAACAAUCUACGUAUGAGGAUAAAAGCCAUGCAAGAAACUGUUGAUGCCUUAAGGGCUAGGAUGACACAAAUCCUGAGUGACCAGGCCAACCAGAUUAUUGCCAGAGCAGGGGAAGGCAAUGAAGAAAUUAGCAAAAUGAUUCAGAACUACAUAAAAGAGAUAGAAGAUCUCAGGGCUAAGCUCCUAGAAAGUGAAGCAUUAAAUGAAAAUCUCCGACGUAGUCUUUCACGAGCUUCAACAAGAUCAUCGUAUUUUGGAGCUCCUGGUUCAUUUUCAAAUGCUGUCAUUUCAGCAGAUAAAGAAACACUUGAUGUGUUAGACCUGGCUAAAAAAGAUGUAGAAAAAUUAAAGAAGAAAGAGAAAAAGAAAAAGAAAAGGCUACAGCAGCUUCAGGAAAGCAGCCCAGAAGAGAGAAGCACGAUUGUUGAAGAAAUACCAGAUAAUGAGAUUGAGAAAGCAGAUGAAAAAGGAAUGAUGGAAAGGGAAAACCAAGAAGCAGAUGUGGGAGAGAGUCAGGAAACCAGUGAGCAUGAAGAGGAAGAGGAGGAAGAAGAAGAGAUGGAAACUGGUGAAAGCACUGAUGACUCUGAUUCGGAACUUGAUGAGAAAGCAAAUUACCAAGCUGAUUUGGCUAACAUAACAUGUGAAAUUGCUAUAAAGCAGAAGCUAAUCGAUGAACUAGAAAACAGCCAGCGAAGACUGCACAUACUAAAGCAGCAGUAUGAAGAAAAACUAAUGAUGCUUCAGCACAAAAUUCAUGAUACACAGGUGGAAAGAGAUCGUGUCCUUCAAAACUUAGGCUCAAUGGAAUCUGGUUCUGAAGAAAAAGUAAACAAAAUCAAGUCAGAAUAUGAGAAGAAACUUCAGAACAUGCAUAAAGAAUUGCAAAAAUUGCAUGCUGCACAAAAGGAGCAUUCACGACUUCUGAAGAACCAGUCACAGUAUGAGAAGCAACUGAAGAAGCUGCAGCAAGAAGUAACAGAAAUGAAGAAAACCAAGCAUGAUUAUAUUCAGUUCCUAAAAGUACAGGAGCUGUUUCCGGCGACCUUGCGGACAAACAUGCAGGUUAUUUUAAAAGAAUUAGCAGUGGUGGUGAACAAAUUGAUUCAAGCCUACGAGGUUGAAUCGGGUAAUGGAGUUGCUAGCAGUGGCGGAGUCAAUAGGGGAGAGAGUUCGACGGAACCGGUUAGUCCAACCGAUUCGGAAGUACAAUGCUUUACUCUGCACUCCCCGAUUGGGAGUAUUCCGUGUGCUCAACCAACUAGAGGGAGGACUUAUGCCAGAGCGACUGGUUCCCAAGGGGGGAACCUACAAGGGGGAACUGAUGAUGGUGGUGUUUUAAAGGCGAACGAGGUAAACGACGAAUUCAAUAUUUCUUCUUGGUUUAAUGAACCCUCCAUUCCGGAGAUUUGUGGCAGGAACCGAACGGUGGAUGUGAAACCAUGUUUAAGGGAACAGAUUGUGAACUAUGAGAAGUUGUGUAAAAAGUAUCGGGCCAUCCAGUUGGAUUCAAAGUUUUUAUGUGACUCUAGGGGUUUGAAACAGGUUCCGAAGGGGCUUCGGGUCUGGAAGCGACCGAUGGGUGUGGAGGAAGGAUCGGCGGCCUACAAGGAACUUGUGAGCUUGUUUGAUCGGACAGGCUUGGAAAUGUUGGACAUUAUUUUGAAGAACAAUGAACUUAAGCUAAGUGUAAUUAAAAGUGAAAUUAAACUGUUAUACAUGAGUAUCACUACAGAUUUAAUGUUUGAGCAGUAUAAAAACAAUUUUGAUAAGACAAUUAAAAACAUUGAAAUGUAUGUGAUUAAAAGCUCUGAGAUAAAAGAAAGGAAGCUUAAAAGGGAUAGUGAUGAUUACAAAUUUAAAUGUGCAUAUCCACCGGGAGUGAAACAUAGGGGUAAUGGAGGAGCAGCCCCGUCGGUCAGAGAGGCUGCGCAACAGAGAGACACAUCUGAGGGAACACCAAGACAGUUACAGUGGGAGAAGCAACAGGAGAGGGAGGUAUUAGUGGAGGUUGAGAGUUUGGGAAAUGAUUUUAAUGUUGAAGUGGAAACAACUGUAAUGGGUAGUUCUGUUGAAACAAGGCCAUGUGGAAUGGUUAGUAACAAACAAAGUAGUGUGAAUAAUUGUGCAAAUUCUGUUAAAAACAAAAGUUUGAUUGAGGACAACAAUGUUAAUUUAGGCACUUGUAACAUGGAAGUGACAAACAGUGUUGUAAAAAAACAAAUGUGGUGUGGCCUAUUUUGUGACACGGAUGAUGAGUCUGAUAAAGAUUCAUGUGGGGUAAACACUGUGUUUGAAAAUGGUGACAACAAUGAUUAUGUCAUUAAAGAAGGUAGCAAUUUCAAAAUUCUGCGUAAGAAUGAUUAUUGCAUUUAUAACUACACUAGUUUAAAUGUUAAUGAUGACUAUUUUGAUUUAUUUUCGAAAGGAGUGAAAUUUGUUCCAAAGUUUAGACCGGACACUGUGAAAACAUUGGUGGAAAUAAAAAUGUUUGCUAGACAGAUGCAUUUGAAAAUGUACUUUGCAGGGAAAGGGAAGUGUGAUGCAAGCCAGGUUGGCUGUAUCAGUAAAGAUACUACCCAAUUAAAAAGGAAAAGUGUUUUUAUGCCACCACUACACAAGGAUGUGUUAAGUUUUGAAAAGAUAGUGGAGGCUCACCUGAGAGAGAUGUUAAGAAAUGGUGGUAUGUUAGAUGACAAUUUAACAAAGAAAGAAAGAGAAUUAUUGCAAAUGUUGAAAAAAUCUGGUGCAUAUAGAUUUAUGAAGCCCGACAAGGGAGGGGGUACUGUUAUAACGACUAAUAUUGAUUACAUUUCUGACAUUACUUCGUUAUUAAAUAGGGACGAAACCUAUAAAAUUGUUUCACGGAAUGAGAUUAACAGGGCCUACAUGAAGAUCGAUGUGUUUCUGCGUGAUGCACUUUGUCAAGGUUCAAUAAAUGAAAGUGAACAUAAUUUUUUGUUGGUUAAGUUUCCAAAAAUACCGAAAUUAUUUGGAAUACCCAAGACCCACAAGGGUGUUGAGCAUUUAGAAUAUAGGCCCAUUGUCAGUGCAAGGGGAUCUAAAACAGAACCCAUUGCUGCCUUUAUAGACACUUCAUUGAAAACUAUGUUUGAUGGGGUAGAUCAUAUCAUAAAAGAUUCAUGGCACUGUUUGAAAAGGUUUAAGGAGUUAGGUUGUGUUGUAGAAGAUUUUGGUUUUUUGACCAUUGAUGUGGUUAAUUUGUUCUCGGUCAUCCCACAAGAACAAGGCCUUGAGUUAUUUUCUGAAGCUAUAGUGCAAAGUGGAUUGUUUGGUGGGCAGAAAACUAACUUUUUAACAGACAUGAUGGAAGUUGUGUUAAGGAACAAUUUUCUGAAUUUUGAAGGUGACCUUUUUCAGCAGGUGUCAGGGGGUGAUCAAAAUUCAGCAAAAGAGUUUGUAGACUAUCUGGGAAAAACUACUGACUUUUUGAACUUCACUUUUACAUGGAAGAAGGAGAGUAUUUCCUAUUUGGACUUGUUGAUUUGUAAGGGUGAAGGGGGUUUCAGGAGUAACAUCUAUAGAAAAGAGAACUAUUCUAAUUCCCUAUUGCAUUUCAACAGUAAUCACCCAUUUCAUCAACGGAAAGGUUUAAUCAAAGCUCAAAUGGUUAGGACGUCCAGAUUAGUUAGUCAAGAUGAUGAAUACAGAGAGGAAAUGUUUAAACUAAUUGGGAUGUUUAUUGAUAGGGGGUACCCUUUAAAACUAUUAUUAAGUGUUAAAAGGGAUAUAAACAGGAGGAGAAAUGACAAAUAUGCCCCAAUUCUUAAAGGUGGAUUAAACAUUAGGGAAAUGAUAGAGAGGAGUGAAGAAGAACAGAACAGUAGUUUACGGUUGGUGGUGAAAUUUAGUGAGAUGUCACCAGCUAUUGUAAGGAUGGUGAAAGAAGUCUGGAAUUUUUCCUUAAGUGAGGAGGUUAAAAAGAUACUAGGGAAAAGUCCUUAUGUGGUCUAUAGUAGAGGUGAGAACAUGAAGGAUAUCCUUGAAAAAAGUGGACCAAGAAAUUAUAGGUCAAAUAUGAAGAAAUGUGGUUUUUGUAGGAUGUGUAGGUUUAUUUAUGAGGGUUCAUGUCAUGAAUAUAAACAACUGGAAACUAAAAAGAGACAGCAGGAAAUAAUUCUACGAAGAAAGACAGAAGAGGUCACAGCCCUACGUCGUCAGGUCCGGCCAGUAUCAGAUAAAGGGAAAGUGAGUCGCAAACUGAGUUUGCCUGAGCAUAUCCAGGAGCCCACUUCCAGUACACAGGAUUAUGAUGCUUCAAGAUCAGCUGUCCAACAAAGAAUGAGAAUAUCCAUGCAAAGACCACAGUCUGUAGUCCCCACAGCAAAUGGAAUAAGGAAGAAUUACCAGAGGAAAGUCACUACUGUUUAUUCAUCAAAGGCAGCUAGAGUUAAGUGGCAGUCACUUGAACGCAGGAUUACAGAUAUUAUUAUGCAAAAAAUGACGAUUGCUAACAUGGAGUCUGAUAUGAACCGCUUGCUGAAGCAACGUGAAGAGCUUACACGAAAAAGGGACAAGCUUACAAGGAAGAGAGACAAAUUUUCUAAAGAGGGUGGAGAGAGUGAAAAAACUGUUCAGCACCUCAGUGAAGAACUGGAAUUAGUGGCUGCUAAUAUUGACUAUAUUAAUGACAACAUUUCUGAAUGCCAGGCCAACAUUAUGCAGAUGGAAGAAGAAAAGGAGGAUGGUGAUGCAGUAGAUGUAUCUGCAGUGAUCAGCUCCUGCACAUUAACAGAAGCUCGAUACCUUCUUGGACAUUUCCUUUCCAUGGUCAUAAAUAAGGGUCUCCAGUCAGCCCAGAAAGAGGCUCAAGUUAAAGUCCUUGAAGGGAGGUUAAAGCAAACUGAAAUUACUAGUGCCACUCAGAACCAACUGUUGUUCCACAUGUUGAAAGAGAAGGCUGAAGUAAAUCCAGAGCUAGAUGCCCUGCUCGGUAAUGCCCUACAAGAAAAUGGAGAGGAAAGCAGUGAUGAAGAUGCAGUGCCAUCUAGCCCUGGAACUGAUAGCAGUUUGUCAGCUGAUCUAAUGAAGUUGUGCGGUGAAGUGAAAUCCAAAAAUAAGGCCAGACGCCGGACUGCAACAAAAAUGGAACUCCUUUAUGCAGACAUCAAUGACAGCGCAUCUGAUAUCAUUGUGGAAGUGCAGGAGAAUGGAGUCAUUCUUGAGCCUGGUGGUGUUUCGGUUAAGGAGAAAGAAUUCAUGCCCCCAAUAUCAAGCUUGCCUUCUAAGCUGGGCAGCAUUUCUAGGCAACCUUCACUAAAUGAAAAGCGAGCACCUGAGCCAUCGCCCCUGUCACGAAGGAAGACUUAUGAAAAAGGAGAGAAGUCCAAGUCAAAGGAACACAAACUUUCUGAUUCAGGAACAUCAGAAGCCAGUAUAUCACCUCCCCCUUCACCAACAAGCCGAUGUCGCAAUGAUAUGAAUGUUUUUAGCCGGCUCAGCGUUUCUCAGGGGAGUGCAGCCUUUCAGCAGGAUAAGUCUGAUGAAAGUGACUCCUCUCUGUCGGAGGUACACAGGGGUGUGAUCAAUCCAUUCCCUCUUUCUAAGAGUGCUAAGACAGUACCUCUUCAGUGUAUCCAUGUAGCAGAAGGGCACACUAAAGCUGUUCUUUGUGUUGAUGCAACAGAUGACCUUCUUUUCACUGGAUCCAAGGAUCGUACUUGUAAAGUAUGGAAUCUUGUAACUGGCCAGGAAAUCAUGUCUCUUGGUGCUCACUAUAACAACGUUGUAUCUGUGAAGUAUUGCAACUAUUCUAGUUUGGUAUUUACUGUAUCAACAAGUACCAUUAAAGUGUGGGAUAUCAGAGACUCUGCAAAGUGCAUCAGGACGUUAAUGUCGUCUGGUCAAGCAGUAACAGGAGAUGCUUGUGCAGCAACUGCUAACAGGACUGUAACAAUUCCUCCUGGAGAAAACCAAAUAAAUCAAGUUGCACUGAACCCAUCUGGCACUUUCCUUUAUGCAGCUGCAGGAAAUGCUGUACGGUUGUGGGAUCUCAAAAGGUUUCAGUCUACUGGAAAAUUAACUGGACAUAUUGGCCCUGUUAUGUGUCUUGCUGUAGACCAAGCUGCAAACGGACAAGAUCUAAUUAUUACUGGUUCCAAAGACCACUAUGUAAAGAUGUUUGAUGGAACAGAAGGAGUCUUAGGCACUGUAAGUCCAACACACAACUUUGAGCCACCUCACUAUGAUGGCAUUGAAUCACUUGUAAUCUUAGGAGACCAUCUUUUCAGUGGUUCCAGAGACAAUGGAAUAAAGAAGUGGGACCUAGCUCGUAAGGACUUGUUGCAGCAAGUUCCAAAUGCCCAUAGAGAUUGGGUGUGUGCCCUUGGUAUUAUACCUGGUCAUCAAGGCCUCCUGAGCGGCUGCAGAGGUGGCAUCCUCAAACUUUGGAGCAUAGAAACCUGUUCACCACUUGGAGAAGUAAAGGGGCAUGAUAGUCCAGUAAACGCCAUCUGCACUAACUCUAGCCAUAUUUUUACUGCAUCAGAUGAUCGUACUGUAAGAAUUUGGAGAGCUCGAGGAGUGUUAGAUGGACAGAUGUCAGAUUCUGCAGAUGCCAGUGAGGAGGUUACAAGUAGCUAAGCGUCAACUAAGAAGAAAGAAAACUGUGACUUGCAGAAUGCACUCUGCACUUUGCUGUUAGGUUAUUUAAGCGAAAUGGGAAAAUUAAAAGUAGAGAUCUGUAGGCUCUGGUGUGUUAAAUAUUGUCUGUAUGAUCUGCUUAUACUGUAGCAGUGUUGUCUUCCCGGUGAAGCUAAUUUAUUGUGUAGAGUCUUUCCACACAGCUCUUUGUUGUAGGCCUUGUGUUAUCUGAAGAGAAAUGAAUGAAGUACAUAAGUGCAAGUACUGUAGUAUUUAUGCCAGACAAGCUUUCUUAGACUAAAGUGAACGUUCCUUUCUCUGGCAAAAUAAUCCAAUUGGCUGCCUUCCUUAAUGACUUGUGAGUGUUUGAAUGUGCCAUUCUGCUGAGACAGAAUUGUAAUGUAGUACAGGCUAUAAUCUAUUUUUCAGUGGGUCAUAACAGUUUAGAUCUUAGUGUUUACUUUUAAAAAUUUCAGUUUUUUUUUUAUGGGCAUUCUAGUCUGAAAGACGUGUUGUUUCUUUCACAAACCUGCUUUUAUUGUGGGACCACAUCAUACAUCUGUCAAUUCCAAGGAGAAUUCAAAGGAAUUGGAUAAGCCUUAACUGUCAGACGUAGGUAACAGGAUGUGUAUUUCUUAUUUUGGAUAUUCUGUCAGUUCACCUAAAUUUAGCUGAGAUAUGUCUGACACCAGCUGUUUAACUGACUAUGUAAGUGUGUGGUUUUACUAACUACAGUCAAGAUGCAGCAGUCCUUUUUUAGUGUCAUCAACAAUGUGAAAGGUGAAAUAAAUCUUUUAUUUUAUUGGAAAGGACCCAGGCCAUUCCUUUCUACUUCCAAUUAAGGUGACGCUGACCUUUGUAUUGCCUGCUACUUGCCUUUAAUUUGUAGUGAGUAUAUCCAUUAUUGAUUCAGAGGGAUCGUUCAUUUAGAGGACAUGGAAAUUAGCUGUACUUCUGCCCCACAAUAUUAAUGGCUGUUCUGCCAUUCAUUGUGCUCAUUUUAAUAGUCUUAAAUUGUGCAGGUGGAUUGUCGAGGAUAAGAUAAUCCACACAUUGCCUUUUACUCCUGCAUGACAUAUGUGCAUAUUUGAGGUAGAAAGCAUACAUGGCUUUAUGCAAGUUUUCUUAGCAUUUUAUUUUGUAUGAACAGGGUGACCAUUGAGUUGAAUCCAUUUUAUGUCAUGGCCUUGGGAGAAAAAGCAACAGUUACAAUAGCAGUGAUUCUUAUGUAUGAGAGUAGAAAACCCAGAAAAAUUGUUGUGGCAUAUUUAUAUAUAUGUAUAUAUAUGUAUAUAUAUGUGUAUACACACACACACAUACAUACAUACAAGUAGUUCUGAAAGAGCAGCCAGUGCAAGAUGGCUACUUCUUAAAAAUAAAUAAAUAAAAAUGAAAAGUUAAGCACUGACGAUCCAAUUUACUGUACACUUUCUGCCCUACUUUCCUGCUUACACUUUAAUGACCUUGGGUAUGUUUCAGUACCUGCACUAACACUGAUGCAUUUGAACAGAUUGCCAGUACUUUUAAGAUGAAGUAACCUGGUAUGCAGUUGCAUUAAUUUGUGUUUUUUGUUUUUUGAGAGUGUCAUGUUUUAUUGGCUGAAAGCCCUCCUUUGUUUUCUUAUGUAAGAACAUGCCCAUCUACUAAUUUUGUAUAAACAGGAGAUACUUUAUAAAUAAUCCAUAUAUUGGUUUGUCUUUUAAGUGUUGUCAGUAGGACUGUCUAGACAUGAGAUGUGCAGUCAUAAAUGCUUGAUAGGAAGUUCUAAACUGAACAUGAAGUUUUACCUUUGGUGAGCUAUAGAAUAUUCCACUUAUGCUUUGGGAUGUGGAAAAACUUGCAUCUUUAUCAGUGAUAUGUCAAAGAAGAGAAUAACACACAAAUGGAUAGUAUUUUGUUUUAGUGUUACUGUUUUAUGUGCUAGUGAAAGUUGCAGUUAAGUGACAUAUUUUACAUCUUCAAUUGAUACUGUUGCAGCAGGAGCUUGCUUACUGAAAACACCAUCACAUACUAAGGCAUCUUGUUUCCCAUAUGUCCUUAAACUGAUCAGACAGCCUUCUGCAGACACGAGCACUGAAUCCUUGAUGUUGACAGGGAUUGUAAGAAUCCUGUUGCCUCUGUCCUUGUGUUCCGUAAACAACCACCUUUUAUCCAGUAGUUUAUUUUGUUCAGCACGCUGCAUUAUGAAUAACUGCCUUGUAUCUGCACUGUUCAUUCAUGGUUUUUCAUGGUACCACUUCUAAAAAAGUUGCCCAGUCACCCAAAACCAGUUUCAGUCUUGCCUCCUUUGUACUUUCUGGACCCCCAAGAGCUACAUAGAUAUUUCCACUUUCUUUGUUUUUUAUUCUUCCUUCAGAACUCUACAUAUUAAUAGUCAUUUAGCUGUCAUCUGUACCACCUAGCUCCUUGUAGAGGGAUAGUAGUUUUUUUCUGUAACUGAUGGUUCUUUCUGUACAUGUGUUUACCUGCCUACUUUGUUGUACUGUCGCAGUACUUGCAACAUGUGAUACAAGUACUUCCACAUCUGCUGCUUUCCCCUUCAGUAGUGCACUGUGCAAGAAAUGUAUACCUACAUUGUUUUACAUUUCUUGUCCUAACUUCAGCAUGCCUUCAUUAAGACCAUGCCCUCAAUGUCCUUUUCAUCUUUGAUCUUCCCAAGUCUAUUUUGAUUCUUUCUUUACUGUCUUGUAUGUCUGCUGCAUAUAUAUAGCUGUGUGUCAAUAGCAACAAGGCGUACUUUUCUUUCCAUAUCCACAAUAAUGUCAUUUACACAGACAAUUUGCAUGGGUAUAAAAUGCAUGCCUUCUAUUUUUUCUACAGUUUUUCACUGGACUAUAAUACAGACAACAUUGAACUUAUUUCUUGCAUCUCCCCUCCUCAUGCUUAUUUUUUCUUCGUUCAUUUUAUCAUGGCUUUGUUAAGAUUUAGUGUCUCUGUGUAGCAGGUCAUGCCAUUAAUGGUGUGUUAUUUGUUUCCUUUGCCUAGGAGCGCUAAGCACCAUGUGCAGCCAAUGUUAAUUGUGCCUUAAGUUAAUCAAAGCCAUGCUCCAGGGAGACCAAAGAUAUUUGAACAUUUUUGUGGCUAACAUGGAGGUAACCUCAACUGUGGUUUUCUUCUUCUAGCAUAUCAAAAAUCACAUAAGUCAAACUACAAGUAAGGAAGAAUCCCAUUUAUUUUCCUUUUUACUUUUCAGAACCAGUAGUGAGUUGUAAAUCUUGUGUAUAUGUUUCUGGGACCUGUAUUAGAAAAUCUUGGGUGCUUAUAGACAGUAGUAGAACUGCCACUGGUUUGACAGUCACCUUUCCAGCUAAGGGACUGCAAGACGCUGGUGUCUGGGAUCAUUUCAUUUCUUAUUCAGAAAUUUUGCACCUACCCAGACCAUUAUUUUGGGCUUUCUCUGGCCAUUGUUGCCAUACACUUGAGUCCCUAAUAUCCUUUCCACAUCAACAUUUGUGACUAGUAAUGGUCUUCCCAAGCUAUUUUCAGCCUCCUACAUUAAUUGUAUUCCUGAAACAUUGUCAUGGUUUUUAGCUUCCUACACUAAUCCAGUAUAUUCUUGAGGCAGUGUUGUCUGCCUCUUCUUGGGUAGUAGUUAUGUAUUCACAUGUAAACUGUGGCCUCUUGGUGGUUGUCUCUAGAUAAUUUCCUUCAUUAUGUUGUUCUUUGGUGUUCAAAGAACAUCUAAUAUGUUUUCUAGCAACUCUAAGCUCCAUAAUCAGAUACCUUAUCUGGCCGGUUGUCCUACUUUGGGACCUGGUUAGUCCCAUUGCAAUAAUGAUUGCCAACAAGUGUACCCUCAAUGCAGAAAUGUAUUUGUCAUAGUCUCUGCCACUGUGUGUUUACUUUAUAAUGGUUUUCCCUUUGCAAAAGAAGUUUCCCAUGACACCCUUGUUACCUUUACAAAGCUUCUCUGUUCAUACUGUGCCUACUUCAAUAGCACCAUUGAAGUAGGCACAGUUUAAACAUACUUCAGUUGCACUAUUUCAUAUUUCGGCAUGCCCCCCAGCAGGAAUUUUGUCAUUGGCAUGCUUGAGUCUCUACUAAGGUUCCAUAGACAAAAAGAUCUAUGGCCACUUUACUCAUGUGGAGUACAUUUUUACAAAGCAAACCAAAAUAACUGGGUAAAACCUCCUAAAUUAAACUUAACACCAAUAAAAAGGUGGUUAGCAGGGAGUGUGCUACGCACAAAUGGAGGUCCAAAUUUGAAACCUGGCAUAAAUAACUAUUUAUACAACAUUCAAAGAUUAAGUGCUUUUGUCCUGUUUUAAUCAGGACUUCAGAAGUUCUCACACACACACACACAUCCAAGGGAUUGAGGUUCAUGUCUCUUUACUGGGGAAAAAGCGAUGGUGUCAGUGUAUCUGUAGUCCCACAUUUGCUCUUCUGUCCAGCACCAUCUGCAGAAGGCAUAUGAGGUCGCUUCAAUAUAUGAUUAGUCCUCCCAUGAUAUAGAUUAAAGAGAACUGUUGAAAUCUGUAAAAUGUAUUCUGCAAGAUGCAUACUUUGUAGUGAUCCAGAGUCCAUGCAAGAGAAGGGUGGCUGGCUCCAGGAGUUUCUUAAUGUUCUAUCUAGUUGUGGUUAAGAAAGACUUGCAAACCACUGAAACAUAUUGGUUUGGAUGGUUCCCUCAGUAGUAGGCACCUUCAUCAUGUACAUACCAAAAGCCAAAAAAGUACAUCCCAGUUUGCUUCCCAAAGUCCAGUACAAGGCCAAAAUAGAUUUGUAACCAAGCAAAUAAAUUUAUUUUCUAACUGAAAACCACAGGCCAACCAUAUUAGGUGACUGCACUUAAGUACUGACCUUAUCUUCUUAUCUUAAUGGUAGGCCAUUUCUGUACAUCAGGUUUGGGACUCUGUACAUUGUUCAUGAGGAUGCUAAAUUUAGGUAUAGUCAGGUUUCACAGAAAUCUUGUUAGAAAUGCAUCAGGAGACUAAAUCAGUGGUUGGUAAGAAAACCACAGAAGCCUUGCAAUGCUAAGUAUGUAUAGGUGUUUUAUGACCUACAUAGUACAGGUGGCUUAUGACUCUACAGGUGUAAUGAGCAGAGUGUCUGACACUGACAAAAAUUGACUAUGUCAUUUUUUGAUGCAACCCCCACAUCCUUUUGCUAAGGUAACUUCUAAGUAACCUUUAAAGAUAACCCUUUCAGGGACAUGCUUGUGAUUACAGCCCUGAGACCUGACAAUAAGUGUAUAGGAUUAGAAGAGAAAGGACCAAACUUGUACCACUGGGUCUUACAAUUGUCAUUAUAUAUACUUUCAGAAGUACAUUGGUCAGUAGUUAACUGCCCCGUAUUGACAAGAUCUGUGGUGGCGGUUUGUCUCAGGAGGUUGAUGGCAACAGGCAGCUAGAGUGAAGCCAUUCCAAGAAGCCUGUUUUUGAUCUUGACUUUGUCUCUUGAAAGGGAGUCAAUAAGUAGUCUUUCUCCAAGCAGUGUAUGAUCUCACGCUACAAAAUAUACAUUGGUCACAGAGUCACAGCAUUUGUUACAUCCUGCAGUUUUGUUCCCUCGCACUCAUGUUGCUGCAUCCUUGAUGUGCCACCAGUGCAAAAGGAGGGUGACCCAUUUGGAAGGCCCUAUGCCUUUUAGUAGUAAGAAUAUUCUACUUUGUCCCUGGAGGCUAGAACAUUUGAGAAUAUUUUUCUGUCUUAUUCUAAAGUUAAGGCUAAAGGCGUACUACAAAGCUCAGUGGCCUUAACUUCCAUGAUUUCCUUACAAACCCAUCUAACCUACCUUCACCAAGGAGGAAUUUGCUUGCAAGACAUUCUGGAUGUGUACCCUCAUUUGCUUCCAGAUGUGAACAGAUCACUUGCAAUUCUGACCUCUCUGUCUGACUUCUCAUUGUUUGCAGAAGUGUUUCCAAAAUGUAUAACCAUAAUUGCUUACCAUGAGCAAUGAAAUGCAGAUGAGAACUUCAUUUACUUGGAUGGCUGUUUCCUACUUAUUCUUCUCAGAUUGUGCUGUUGCUAGCAUAGAAUUUUGUACUUUGAUGAUUUCAGCAGUUGUGCAGUACUGUAAACUGAGAAGUGUGAAUCACAACAAGUUCAAAUGCUUCUGUAUCUUCUGAAAGCCUGCCAUCCCCCUCACAUAAACAGAAUUCUUACCAUGCUUUCGCUUUUCCACUAGACAUUGUUCCAUCAAAUCGUUUUCUUAGUUUGUAUUUUCUAAUGCAAGACAGCCUUCUCCAUUUUUAAGUCUCAGACUGAUGCUUCAAUCAGAUUAAUCCUACAAGCCAACAUUUCAACUUGACAAAAUAAACAAAAAGCCUUGCCUCACCCCCUAAUAGAUUGAUGCUUCAAUCAGAUUAAUCAAACAAGCCAACAUUUCAGCUUGGCAAAAUAAACAAAAAGCCUUGCCCCACACCCCUAAGGGGGUUAUUUAUAUAUUCAAACUCUAUGGUUACACAACAGUGGAGAAAAAAGAAAAGCCAAAACUUUGCAGAUUACUGUUGGCAUACAAAUAAAAAUCACACCAGUAGUAAUCUCAUAUGUAAAAGACAGGCAGUUCAGACUUUGAAACAGAAAUUGUAGAGUUUAAGCUCAUCCAUGUUGUACUUAGCCACGUAUAUGGAUACCUGCCAGGUUACAUUAAUGUAGGUUCUACAAAAGAUUAUGUGCAUGUACUGCAGCUUUUAUCUGCACACCCUCUGUGAAAAUCUGCCCCUGGAGUAUUCCCUUCUCAUCUCAUAUCAUUGGUAGUGGGAAAAACAAAUUCAUCUGACCUAUGCUGCAGUGUACAUUUUAUGUCCCCACGCAGUUUAGUGCAAGUGGUCUUCUCAGACUUCCUACUUUUUUUUCAACUUUUUGAAGAAAGUAGUUAUUUAUUCAACUUGUGAAGAAUCACGUCUUUACUCACAUGGGUAGUGUGGCAGUGAUUUCAUACAUCAUCAUGUAAAGGUGUACCAAACUGUACCUGUUUUGCAGAUGGGCCACGUGCACUGUUUUCAUUGCUUUGCAGUUUAUUGUUGAUACCAUUGUGCAUCUUUGGCAUCCAGAACUCAUUUGCAGAUAUUUUGAGUGGGGUAGUGUGUUAUGUGCAUUACCGGUUAAGGCAUCGAAUAUAGUCGGUCAAAAAUUAAUUAAAUGAGAAACCUGUUAGCUCUGUUGUUCACACUAGACCGUGCCAGGUUUAGGUUUUUUUUUUCUGAUCCCAGAUUUCUAGGGACUUUACCAACAAGCAUUCAUAUUCCCAUGGAUCCAAUGCCUGUGCCUUCCUUUGAUUCUGCAGAAUGUUACCAAAACUGAGUGGGAAGGCCUGUGCUUUUUUCUGUUUUCAGUUUGUAGACCAAAUAAGCUUUAUUUGCAGGUUUUCUUGGAGACAUUUAUUCCUCAGUGGAGAGCACCUUUCAGCCCAAGUCUCCUAUCUCAUCCAUCUGGAGCAGUUAACCAUUCCUGAGCUGAAUGUGUGUUUAUUGUUGACUUUGUUCAGUAGCAUGUAGACCAGGUCUCUCAAUCGAAGUGAUUUUAGUUUUGAAGGCUGCUUAAGAGCUAUGUACUCAACUGCCUUAUUCAGUCAAGAGGGAGAACUCUAUUUGUUAGUGACACAAGUUUCAUUCUGGAACAGGCACAACUUAACAUAUUCUUCAGAAAUCCUAUGUCUCAGUGUGAUCCAAGUCUCAAAUAUUCCUCUCUUAAAAUUCAGCUUUCUACCAUUCGUAAUUUACAUGAAGGAAAAACAGGAUAAGACGUUUUGUUUUGCUCCUUCCCAUAAAGGAACUUGUUCCCCUUGGGAUAUUAAUCUCAUGCAAGAGAACACUUGCUGUUAUUCCCUUUAGUUUCUGCUUUUCAUUCCAGAAAUAUUGUGUAUGUAUAUAGGUGUUUACAUUUCUUUUUCUAUUAUGAAACCAGUAAAAAAGGGCUCUCAGCUCAUUUUCACCUUGCUAAGACCAGAGUAGAAAAGGGCAAAAAAAUAGCAGCUAAGUGGCUAGCAAGUCUCAUGUUAUCCAGAUCAAAGUAUCAUUCCAUUAGGGUAGUCUUUACAUGCGCAUCUUAUUUUAAAUACUGUUUCCAGUAAAAUUUGUGCCAAAACAAAAUUGCUAAUGGCGUAAAGAUUGAUUCAUUUAAAGCAAGACUAUCAUUCCUGGAUUAACGUUAUCUUGCUGACCAGUGUUUAGAGGAAUCCUUACUUAAUAUAAUCUGCCUGUUGUGGUCUCUCCAAUCUAAAAACAUUUGUAUGUUUGCAACUCUGUUCUGUAGUUUUAUUCCUGCUGUAAAAAUAUCCCUCCUGUGACUGUGCACUGGGCCAUGCUUUCUUUAUUCACAGCCUCCUGUGUUCCUCCAGAACGCUAUCCCAAACAUUAAAAAAGCAACAAAAUGUGUGCUAAUCAAUGGUAGAGACCUGCAGGAGGUUGGAAUAUUAAACAUUAAGCAGAAACGAGAUGAAAGAUGGAAGGGUACUUACGUAUUAUCGCAACCAGAUUUUUGCGGGCGCGAAAUUCGGAAUCUUCAACUGACACCAGGCCGUGAACAACUGUAAGGUGUUACUGAAAGUCCUUAUUGCAAAUGAAAGCUUUGCAUUGCCUUCAGGAACACAAAAUAAUUUUGAAAUCCUCAUCCCGAUUUGCGUGCAUUACAGAUUCACGCUGUAAUUGUCAUGGCUGUUAUCGUACUGACAGAUGGAAUCUGUAAGUACUGAUUUCUCCACUUUCGACAAAGGGUCUAACAGCAAGCAAGUAAGCAAGUUUUCUUUAGCCUGAAGUCAACAGCGGCAGCAUAGGCUUACAUAGCUUUAGUUCAGGAGAAAUCAUUUUUGAUUAUGUUAAAGUGACAUUUGUUAACUGGGUUACUCCAAGUGGGUACAGAGUAGACUUUCUCAGCGUAGAACUGAGGAGAAAAGUUCCACCAAACUGUCAAGUCACAUAUAUUACAUUUAAAUAAAUACAGGAGAACAAGGUAAUCCCAAUAACCAGCUCGACCAAAAGUGUAAUAAGCUGUGCUUGUAUUUAUGGGAAUGGUUACGCUGGCUUACAUUGUUUGUUGGGUGCAGCAGUUAACAUAACAGUCCAUAAUGACAGGUGCUUCACGCAUGUCGUCUUGUUUUAGGAAGCAUAUUGCUGCCAGCUUUGUAACGUUGUGUUAUUCAUAAUUUUUUCAGUGGUUUAAAACAUUUGCUGGCAUGUACAGUUAGUAAUGCUGAAAUGAGCAGCAAUGUAGGUUUACUUCAUGAAAAGUAAGUCAGCUGUGGCUCUACUUUUGGGACUUACACAGUGUUACAAAUCUGGUUGCGAUAAUACGCAAGUACCGAUGGAAGUACUGACUUUUGAACCAUUACCAGUGUAGGGCCUGCAGGGGAAUUCUAAGAUGAUUUGGAAGAAACAAAAGUUGCCUGGCUGCAUGCAAAUUACAGGAAGAACACCUUUUUAAAAGAUCCACCUAUGUAGUGCAUACCUCAUAAAAAUGUCAUUUAACCCAAAUCUGUAGCACACUGUAGAUGAUUUUAAUUAUUUGUGGCCUCAGUCUCUCUCUCUGUCUCAAAAGUUCUCUCUUAGUAUUUUGAAUUAAUGCCUGCCUAAAUUCCAACAGGAACAGUAUAAGUAGAACACAUAGGUUACACAUUUGCUUUAAAAAGCUCAUUGAUACAGUUUUGCCCAAAAAUCAAAUGUAGGGGUUAGCCACAUUGUGUGAACAGUAGUAAUGUUCUCCUUCCAUAAUAGUUUGUUAGUUCUUCUUUCGGCUUUUCCCGGUUAGGGGUUGCCACAGCGGAACUCUGGUCCACUAAUGAUUGGCAGUAGAUUUUUUUACAGGUGCCAGCUCGACGCCCAA